AUUAUUUUUUAUUUUAUAAUUUUCGUCCCCUGAAUCUCAUACUGUUCAGCUAGAAAUUCAUUCUUACUGGUCGCAAUUGAUUUGCUCCGUUUUCCGAAUGGAAAAUUCACCGCCGUCGUCUCCGUAGUGAUUGAAGGAAAAUUUUAAGAGAAGAGAUGAAAAUUGCUUUAGCACGACCGAAGAUAAAAUGACUGGAAUGUCAUUGGGAUCAAGACUGUCUGGUAGCUUUGGAUCAUUGCCUCAGCUAGCACAGAAUGGAGGAAAUCAUAACGUACGCAGGUCUUUGAAGACGUCUCUCAAUGGUUCUAGGGAGAGGGAAAGAUCUUGUCUUUCGGCUUUCAGAUAUCUGCCCAGAAAGAAAGUGGGAAUGUUAAUUUUGGCUGUGCUUGCCUUCUUUGCGUUCAUGACUGGGUUCUUUACUAUCAAUAAAGAGGAUGAUUUCAAAAGCUCUUGGUUGGUAUUUGAUGCCAGAUAUCUUAACAACUCUUAUGUUGCAAAUUCACUGUUGCCUGCUAGAAAAGCAAUGCUAUCAAAUAUUAAUCCAAAGAUCAAUGAAGUUAUAGUGUGUAAUGGUAGUUCUCGAUGGGAAUAUCUCUUCAAUAGUAUGCCCAUGGAUGAUUCUUCCAACGAGCCUACUGAUUAUACUGAUCCAUGUGCUGAUUUUGCAUUUCCACCCCCUCCUCCCGGUGAUAUGAGGCGAGCUGGUCCACGCCCGUGCCCUGUAUGCUAUAUUCCGGUGGAGCAAGCUAUAGCUCGUAUGCCCAGAGUCCCAUCUCCAUCUCCUGUGCUUCAUCAUUUAAAUUAUUUAUCUGAGGAAAAUCCAUUAAAAGUUGAACCUAAUGGAGGCUCUAAUUUUGGUGGUUAUCCUUCUCUGAAACAGAGGAAUGAUUCUUUUAAUAUUAAAGAGUCGAUGACUGUUCACUGUGGAUUUAUCAAAGGAUGCAGAGCUGGCUAUCAAACUGGAUUUGACAUUGAUGUGGCAGAUCUUGAGGUGUUGGAGCAAUUCCAUGAGGUCAUUGUAACCUCUGCUGUUUUCGGAAACUAUGAUGUGAUUCAACAACCAAUGAAUAUUGGUGAAACUGCAAGAAGCAAAGUUCCUUUUUUCAUGUUUGUGGAUGAAGAGACUGAAUCAUAUAUAAAGAACUAUAGCCUCUUGAGCAACGACAAACAUGUAGGAUUAUGGAGAAUUAUAGUGGUGCACAAUGUUCCUUACACGGAUUCAAGACGAAAUGGAAAGGUGCCUAAGCUCUUGUUGCAUAGGCUUUUCUCAAAUACACGAUUCUCUAUCUGGAUAGAUGGGAAGCUUCAGCUUGUUGUCGAUCCAUACCAGAUUCUUGAGAGAUUCCUUUGGCGCAAAAAUGCAACUUUUGCUAUAUCAAGACAUUACAGACGCUUUGACGUAUUUGAGGAGGCUGAGGCAAACAAAGCUGGAGGGAAAUACGAUAAUAUUUCUAUUGAUUACCAAGUUGAAUUUUACAGGAAGGAAGGUUUAACACCAUACACAAUUGCAAAGCUACCUAUAACAAGUGAUGUUCCUGAAGGGUGUGUGAUAAUUAGAGAACACAUUCCAAUAACAAAUCUUUUCAGCUGUCUAUGGUUCAAUGAAGUAGAUCGCUUUACUUCCCGGGACCAGCUGAGCUUUUCCACCGUGAGGGAUAAGAUAUCAGCCCAACUAAACUGGAGUGUCAACAUGUUUCUAGACUGUGAAAGGCGCAAUUUUGUAAUACAGGCUUAUCACAGAGAUUUAUUGGAACAAAGAGCUCAAAUGUCAAGGCUCAGAAGGCACCCUCCCCCGGCUUUAGCUCAUGACAAACCUUCUCCCAGAAGAGUUAUCGUGCGCCGAGGAAGGGACAAAAGAAGAAAACGGCACCGAGCCACUCCCAGAAAAGGGGGAAGUUUCUUCUCCUGAUAAUCACUUUUUUCGUCAUUUUUUGAAUGAAAAGAGUAUAGUGUUUCCAGUCUUGUUGCUUGGCAGGGAUAGGACCAAAUUCAGGCAUAAAAUUUUACACAGGUAUUAGUUGAAAACUUAUCAACCAGUUUAUAAUAUUGCAAUUGCUAUACUCAUCACAGGUAAAUCAGGAUUAAAGGUUUAUGUUCUUAAGUUUCAAAAUCGAAUUUUAGAAUUCAAUGGUUCAAAAUUUAGCAAAUAGACCUCUGAGUUCAACCUUGUACUUGAGACUUUCAUAGAUAUUAAGGGGAAAAAAAACAGGUAACUUUGAUAGACAUAUACAUACACAGUAUUCCAUUUCAUCAUAUGAUUUCUACUUGCAUUGUUGUUGCCUAAAUUCAGCUGAAAAAACCAUCUUAUCUAUAAGUUUUUGAAGUCUCUUGGCACCCGGGCCCGGCCGGAGCUUGGCCCGUUUGCCCACCUUUGAGCAGCGGGGCUUGCCGGCGCACCACCCUCCUGGCGUGAAGCUCCCGUUUCUUCUCCCGAGUAAUUCCCUGUCUAUCCAGUCCAAGACAGGAGUAUCCUGCUUGAACUUACGAGCGAAGGCUGCGCCACUGUCGACCAUGGCUGCCGUGUGGUUGAGGCUGAGGGUGUGUGGGUGCUGCUGCGGUGGGUCGUCCCAUGAGAUGUAGUGCAUGUCGUGGUUGACGAGCGUUGGCGCAAACUCGGGGGCGUUGCAGACAAGCGUCUGGAAGUAAUGCUCGGGCGAUGAGACGAAGUUGGUGUAGUACAUGAGUAGCGUUCGCGGGAGAUUGUCCCAACCCCAUAUGCAGUAUUCGACGAAUGGCCGGGACAAGACCAUCCAAGCUGAACCUACACAUGCAUCAUCGAUGGAGACUUACAACGGGACGUAUACAAAUCGAGGAUUUGAAAUGAGCAUGAUUGAUCGUUGAACUAACCGGUGAACAACUUGAACGCGGUGGGAAGAUCUCUUUGUUGUUCGACAACCCAUAGUAAGUCCGACUUUGUCGUUUGGGAUAGCCCAGGGUCGAAUAUCAAUGGCAUUCCCCGAUGGCGCCUGCCGGAAAAAAACAAAUAUAUUUGGCAUAAUAAGACUAUAUAAUCAUGCGUAGAUCGCUCGCUAUUAAGCGUGGAUCAAGCUUACGCUUUCCAUCCUAAAUCGCUCGUAUGCUCGAUGAAAUUCAGCUCGCGCUUCAAACCCGAAAACACGUGGAGAAGAUCUACAACAAAGAAAACACUUGUUAGAGAAAUGUAGAAGGUGCGCAAUGGAUAUAAUCGACAUUGCUCACUCGCUACGGACCAUCUUGAGUCAUCAAUGGGUAAUCCGAUGCGCUAAGGUUGAUGAACCAAUCCCAAUCGGGGAAUCGUUUGAGAAGAAUCGCGCAAGCGUGGAGCGUGUUCGACACCAUUGUCGGGCCUCUAUACGUAACCAUAUUCGACUUGUUAUUAACAACAACAUUUCCAAGCUUUGUGAGAACGGCGUGACUCGUGAUGCGGCGCACGAGCUCCGACCUCUCCUCCGGCAGGGACUCGAGGUCCAGGUGGACGACGUAGUAGUUCUGUGGAUGGUACAGGGCGUGCAGCGCCCGCCAGAGCUUCUCCAGGUCCCCCUUCGAUCCAGAUAUCAGGUACGCCAGCUUCGGCGGCGCCGGCGCCGGCGGAGCGGCGGCGGGACGGGGCGGAGGGGCGGCGGCCGGGGCGGAGAAUAUGGAGAGGAUGGUGUGGAGUGAGAAAACGAGGCCGACGUUGAAGGAAGUGGCGA